AUGGAUUUACUGCGAAAUCACUUCUCAAUGCACCGAGCGCCCUCCGUUGCGUCCAAAACCUCAAGCUACUUCAUCGACCCAGAGGAGCAGAGUUCAUCAGUUCAGGAUGGCUCGAGCGAGAAGAGCUGGAGCUUGAGAAGCAGGCCAGACCACUAUUCGGACAGCAUUUCAGGAUCAACCUUAGACUCCCAGACGCCACCUGAAGAAGAAAGCCUCUCCCAGCAAAAGGCAGAACAGAUACGUCGGUAUCUUGCCGGGCGCUUUGAAACCGGUAUCAACGAGCAAUUCCCAAAUGCAAAUCUUAAGUUUGUUCUCUUCAGCAUCCGCACCUUAUAUACAGGAGGAGACUUUAAUGCAUCACCAACCAUAACAAAGACCAGGUUCUGGGAAGACACAGACCUCGCCAUCUACUUAAUGAAGGCUUCAAAGCGGGAUAAACGUGGCGCAAGCCGGAACCAGGUUCGAGCAUUCCAAUUUCUCAAGAAAUCGACAGCUGACACAACCUACACGAUGAGCCAGGGUACUGCCACCAUCCUUAUCGAGCUGUUGAGCCCCAUCCACGACCUGACCCAGCUGGUAACGAAGCGUCUAUGUGCCCUUCUACGCCACAGUGGUGACUUAUCCGAGGCACUUCGAGUGACCCGUGACGGUAUCCGCGUCAUUCGUGCACUACUAGGUACAGGGUCACUGUAA